UAGAUUUUGAACAAAAAGUUCAUCUUAGGAGUUUGCAAAAACAUAAAAGGAUUAAUAGCUUUAAUUGGAGCAUCAAGGAAGAAAGUACGCAGCUCAAUUGGACUACAGUUCAUCAAUUACCUUUGAAGGCAUCUACAGUCAGUAUGGACAGCAGACCUCUGCAAGACAUAGAAAAGGCCCUCGACAUGGCUAAAAACAACCUUGAGCAUUUAAAUGUUUUAGAGGAGACACUUCAACAGUUGGUCACUGAAGCAAAGCAGGAAGAAAGCAAGAUUGCAGAUGUUAUUACUGCCAAGUUUGCAGAUUGUAUGGCUUCUCUGAACUCAAGGAAAAGAAAGCUUGAGACAGAGUUGGUAAUGAACACCAGUUACUAUGUAACUGAUGUACAUAGCAUUCAGAUUGCUGUUUUACAGAAAAAGAGCAAUUUGAUUGAUGCCAUAAAGAAAGCAAAGGAGCUGAAAGGAAAUCAUUCAUUACAAUCCUGCCACAGCUUAAAUCAGGCUCUCUGCAACUUAAAUGUGUCAGUUGAAGAAGAAGUCUUAAAGCUAGGUAAUCUGAAAAAAAGAACACUUCCAAGGUUUUACAUGGACUGUGAUGAGAUAAAUCAUAUGUUUGAAAACAUAGGCAAAUUUUCCUAUGAUGGCUCAAAUGUGAACAGUUUUGAAGACAACUCUCUAAAAGUGAACAAUGAACUUGAUACUUCAAGUCAAGUAAAUGUAAAACUUGAUAAAGAAAUUGAUGUAAUUACUCCUUUGCAAGAAUCUGAUACAUGUUUCGAAGGGACCCAACUGCAAGAAUUGGGUCCAUUAUCCAUUCAAAAAUGCAUUGCUGUGUUACCUCAGGCUGCGUCUACCCCAGAUGUUGUUAUUGAAGAAAUAAUUGAAGAUGAUCAAGAAAAAGUUCCUGAAUUUGUUGUUGUCAGUUGUGUAAUAAAUCCUUGUCAUUUCUACGUUCGGAAAGUUUCCCAAAAGAAAACUGCAGUCUACUUGGAAAAGGUUCUGAAGCAGUAUUGUAGUAAUAAAAGUUUGUCUCCUAAUGACGUUUUGGAACUAGGCACAAGGAUUUUGGUUAAAAGUAAAGAACAUGGAAUGUGGUGCCGUGCAGAAAUCAUUGAACUAAUUCCACUCCUGAAUACAAAUGACGGGAAACCCUGGGGCCCAACAAAAUACAGAAUUUGUGAUAUUGCAAUUAUGAAAGUAUUCCUUAUAGACUUCGGGCAUCCAGAAGCUUUAAUUGUUUCAGGAGUACCUAAUGAAGUUACUGUGAAUCCAGAACAUGUUACUCUUGAAUACAUAGUGAUUGAAGAUCUAUGUUUGGUUGUAAGAAAAUUGAAUUUAUAUUUAGAGGCUCAGCUCAGAGGUAUAAGCAAGCUAGCCCUACAGUGUUCACUAAAGGACAUUGUUCCUAAGCAUUCAGAAAAAGAUUGGAAUAGAAGAGCAAGGACAGAAUUUUUGAGAAUGGUAAAUAACAAAGCUGUACUGAUGAAAGUUUUUAGGGAAGAGAAUGGUGUGCUUAUUGUAGAUCUCAUGAAGCCUCCAGCAAACAAAAUAAGUAGUGACAUGCCUGUAUCCCUCAGAGAUGCUCUAGUUUUCUUGGAUUUAGCAAGCUUUUGUACUGACAUUUCUGAUCAGUUUGAAAAUAAUGUACCACUGCAGUACUGUCCACCUGUGAUGCCCCAGAAAAAUACAGAAUUUGCCAUUGUUGUUAGUUACAUUAAUAGCCCUGGUGACUUCUACAUUCAGCUGUUAGAACAGGGUCCCGAAUUUGCAGCUUUUCUAAGCAAAGUUGAGGAAGUGUAUAAAAAUGAAGUAGGAUUCAGCUUGGAAAUCCUUUGUCCAACCCAAGGUCAACCAUGUGUAGCCAAAUUUGAAGAUGAUGGAGUUUGGUACAGAGCACAGGUAAUUGGAUUACCAGGUCAUCAGGAAGUUGAAGUUAAAUAUGUUGACUUUGGUAAUACUGCUAAAAUAAAUAUAAAAGAAAUGCGUAAAAUAAAAGAUGAGUUUUUAGCUCUCCCAGCAAAGGCUAUUAGGUGCAAAUUGGCACAUAUUAAACCAUGUAAAGGAGCUAGUGAAUGGACUACCCAAUCAAAGGACAGAUUUGAAGAACUGAUUCAGGACAAAUGUAUGCUCUGCUUUGUUACUGAUAAAUCAGAAGACAAUGUACUAUCUGUUGAGCUCUAUGAAAGUGUAUGUGUAUCCCCAAUGCUGUCAUGCAGUGUGAACAGCCUUUUGGUUCAAGAUGGCUUAGCAUCUUACAUAACAAGUAAUACCAAAAUGAUUACAAGAUCAUAUAAUGAAAUAUGGGAUCCUUCUCUGGAGGAUAUAUUCAAAACAGAGAGAUCUUUAUUAAAACUUGAGAAUGAAGACUUGCCAUGGAUGGAAGAUUUGGUUUUGGAGUGUAAUAAAGAAUUCCAAGUGCAAAUUAAUCAUGUUGUAUCUCCUAGCAAGAUAUUUGUGCAUUUUACGUCAUCAGAAAAAAUUCUGAAGAGGUUACAGGAAAAGAUGGUUGCUACUUAUUUUGAACCAGAAAAUAAAACAGCUAAGUGGGAAAUUGAUAUGAAUUGUGCUGCUUACAUGUGUGAUCAGAAUCAGUGGCAAAGAGGCCAGAUCCUCAAGAUUGUUUCUGAAAAAGUUGUAGAGUUAUUCCUUAUUGAUUUAGGCAUAGUCAAAACUAUGGAUAUUACAUAUUUAAGAGAACUUGAACAGAAUCUGAAGACUAUCAGACCGCUUGCAGUAGAGUGUUCAUUAACAGAUAUAAGACCAGCCGGUGGGACUGAACAGUGGACGGCAACUGCUUGUGAUGUUCUCACAUCUUACUUAACUGGAGCUGUUGUCAACUUAAUAAUACAGGAUACUAACUUGUCACCUUUACCUGUGAAGAUAUUUUGCAAAGAUGGAGGGCACUGUACUGACAUUUCAGAAUUCAUGAUUAAAGAAGGCUUAGCACUUAGAAAAAGAAGAGCACCUAAAAUUGGUUCAAAUCCAGCUUCCUCUGAUAAACUACAAAAGAAUGUGGACAUAAACCAGCUGCUAUCAGAAAAAAAAAGAGCACCAAGUCUUUCUAAGAUAGAAAAGCAUGUUGAUCCUUCAGAUAUUGACAGUAAACAGCAAGAACUGGGAAUUUCUGUGGCUGAGCCUCUAAUGGUUGAGGCCUAUAAACCACCAGCUCUCCCUAGCUCGGAUUGCUUCAGUGCUACAGUUAGCUGUGUUUCAGAUAAUGGAACAAUUUAUGUGAUUCCCAAGUCACAAGAGCAAAAUCUAAACAAGUUAAUGAGUAAUAUACAAGAUAACGUCAAAUGUUUAGGCCUUCUGGAACCCUACAGCUGGAAAAGUGGAGAAGCUUGUGUUGUAAGAGCAGCUGAUACAAUGUGGUACCGAGGUGAAAUUAAAGAUGUUGGCGCUGGCGUUAUCAGGGUACAUUACGUGGACUAUGGAUAUAUUGAGAAAAUUCCUCAGUGCCAUCUGUACCCCACUAUUUUGUAUGCUGAUAUACCUCCAUUUUCCAUACCAUGUCAGCUCUAUAAAACUGUACCAGUCGGCAACAUUUGGCAGCAGGAUGCAGUUGAACUGCUUCAAGAACUACUUACAAAAAGACCUGUUAAAAUACAUAUAAUG